GGGACUUCUGCUUUUGAACCGGAUUUCAACUUUGAUUUGGAACCAAUGUCGUCCACUCAAGAAAAGGCUUCGAAAAAUGACCGACCUGACCAUGAAUUUUGGAAUGCCUUCAUCCACAGCACUCUGCUUCCAUGGCGUCACAGGGACUACGUUCGGGCUGCCUACAUGACCAUUCUUCUCCACGAAAAUAGAGAUCGCGGUCUCCUCGAGAUAGCCAGCGACUUCGCCGCCAACAUGCUUUCGUUGAAGCAGCGGGCGUCCCGGUUGAACCAUCAGCCUGAGUCACGAACAGAAACUGUUUUUUGGCUCUAUCAAAUCAAAUCGGCUAUUGAGGCUGCGCAAGGAUCUUCAACUGAUGACAAGCACUUCACACCGCCCUCGUUCGACAUGGUACUCGCUAAACGCCCGGAACUCCUUGACCGCAAGCUGAUCGACCAGUACUACAGCGUGUAUCUUCAGAACAUGUGCUAUACUCAUCGGUAUUAUGUUUUACCCAAUCUCAAGCCUCUUGAGCCACCCAGAAAAGCUCCAAGGUCUUUCUUUGGGUUCGGCAACAACUCUGCGCCGGAACCUUUUGAGCAUGAGCGCUAUCUCAACAUGGCCUUUGCCAUUGUCCAGCGGUAUCUGCGCGAGGGUGAAACCCGACGAAGAAGCUGGUUCAUCGAGCGAGGGUUUGAUGCCCUGCGUCAACAGUUCAUGCGUAUGAGGGCGCCAGUGGACGCUCGCACUGGGGUCUUUGCUGAAAAGCCAUCUUCGGGUUUGGAACCAUUUUCAGAAACAAAAGCCUACUUUUAUGUCCAGCUUGUUCACAUUGCCCUCACCAAGCUCACCACUGGUGGUCACCAUGACAUGGUUCAAAGAAUGCGGUAUCAAACGUUCAAACGAAUCUUCGGCAUCGAACCCAACAUCUGGAAGAAACACUACAGCGCGAAACGAUGGACGAGUUUCAAAGCCCUCGGGGGUUUCCAGCCACCUGAUCUCAAGCCCCUCCCGGAUACCAUUGACGCUUCGUACAACAAGGGCAGCAGCAUUUUCCUUACCGCUUUAGAAGGUUCUGGUGGCCCUUCCGAUACCAAGGAAUCCGUCAAACCCAAAUCCUGGGACGACUUGUUUCUCAAAGAAGGCCUCGAACCCGAACUCCCCCUCGAAGAGGUCAUCGCCUUCCACCGCUCCAUCCUCCUCGAAGACGCUAAAUCCAUCGACCCCACCGCCCCCCUAUCCCCCUCCCACCUCCCCACCCCCGCCCACUUGCUCAAAUACAUCUACACCACCGUCCUCACCGCCAGCUCCAUGGCCACCCUCCCCACCCGCGCAACCCACUGCCUCUCCAUCCUCCUCCAGCACGCCCCGCUUCCCAAAACCCACCUAAUCUUCUACCUAAACUACCUCCUCAACUUCUGCACCCCAGGCAUAGAAAUAGCCUACCCAGGCCUCUUCCCCUCGAACAAGACCCCCUCCUGGCAGGAAAAAAUCCAGUUCCGUCCCAUCACCACCACAACCACCACCAAUCCAGAAACGAACAAAACAGAAACAAGACACACCCGGUAUCACAACUGCCCUUGUCACAACGGCACGCCGCUUCCUUAUUAUAUUGGUCCAUCGGCGUGUGAAUACCCCAUUAACUUCCCCUAUGAGCACCCACCUCAGUUAUACCACGGUUGUUCCUGCCAUAAGGAAGAAAUGAUUGAUCAGGAUGAGCUGGCGGAGAUUGUGGCGGGGAUGUAUGCCGAGAGAGAGGCGAGUGAGGUUUGGAAGGGGGGGCAGAGGGAUAGACACACGGGGUUUGACAAGAAAAUGGUGAGAGAUCGGGAGGAGAUGUUUGUUGAGUGGGUUAGGCGGUGGCCUGAGUUGGUGUUUGUGGAGUUUUCACCUGGGGGGGAGAAGAGGGGGUUGGUGGAGAUUUGGGAGGGGAGGGAAAGGGAGAUUAUUAUGUUGAUGAGGGAGGAGGAUGGAGGGGUGGGGGUUAUGGGGGUGGUGCCAGUUGCGGAUGGGGAGGGGGAAGAAGAGGGGGAGGGGGAUGAAAAGACUUUGGCUGGGGAUCGGGAGGUGAGGAGUGGAGACGAGGAGGAUUGGGAGCUGUUGAGUCAGGCUGGGACGCUGUGUUAG